CUGGACUCGCCCUGCACGCGCAGUUUCCUGAAUACGCAGAAGCGGAUUGCGUGGAGAGACGAUCACCCCGCGGCGCGUGAGUUUCCCUUUAUCUUCCAUACCAGGGGCUCGGAGUCGCUAUAGACCUCGAAAUCCCUGCACCGCCCUGUGCACCUCAGGAUUGACUUGUAAAGACUCAUGGUACCUGAGGAAGAAGCCUGGAAGAGGAGAAAGAGUAAAGAAAAGGAAUCAGCAAUGGCUUUUACUCAGAGUCCUUUGACAUUCAAGGAUGUGGCCGUAGAAUUCUCGCAGGAGGAGUGGAAAUGCCUGGACUCUGCUCAGAGGGCUUUGUACAAGGACGUGAUGUUGGAGAACUACAGGAACCUGGUCUCCCUGGCAGGAAACUCUCUUCCUGACCUGAGUGUUAUCUUCAUGUUGGAACAAGGGGAAGAGCCUUGUACUCUGCAAAGUCAAGUGAAUAUAGCAAGAAAACCAAAUGGGCAGGAAUGGAUCAAAGGUAUGAACACAGGAAUCUCUCCUAAAUCUCUAAUCAAGCAGUUGUCACCAAAAGGGGACAGUAAUAUAAGAGAAAUAUUCCAGACAGUGACAUUGGAAAGAUAUGAAAGGCGUGAUACCAAAGAUUUUUGCUUCAGGGAAAUGCAGAAAAGUACACAUGUCUCUGAGUGUCAGUGGAGAGAAGAUGAAAGACAUUACAAAGGAGUGCAUAUCACCCGUAACGAAAACCUCACUGGCGGAAGCGAUCAAUAUGGUGGAAGAGAUGUGGGAAACAAUCCUGUUAAAAACCAGCAUCGAUUAAGCUUUCAAUCAGAUGUUCCUGAACUGCGGCUAUUUCAAACUGAAGGAAAAAUUUAUGAAUGUAAUCCUGUUGAGAUGCCUUUGAACAAUGGUUCCUUAGUUUCACCACCCCAAAUAAAUCCUUCUAAUGUCAAAAAUGACAUUUCUCAUGAAUAUGAAAAUGAUUUUAUGGAUUCUUUAGUAUUCAGACAAGAACAGAAAGCAACCAUGAGGACAAAACAUUCCAAAUAUAAUGAGCAUGUAAAGGCCUUUAACCAAGGCUCACACCAUACUAUGUAUCAAAUAAUCCAUACUGGAGAGAAACAAUUUAAAUGUGAUAUAUGUGGUAAGGUCUUUAAUAAAAAAGCAGUUCUAAUAUGUCAUAAAAGAAUUCACACUGGAGAGAAACCUUACAAAUGUAAUGAAUGUGGCAAGGUGUUCAGUCAGCAGUCAAACCUUGCAAGUCACCGGAGAAUUCAUACUGGAGAGAAACCUUACAAAUGUCAUGAAUGUGGCAAAGUAUUUAGUAAGGAUUCACACCUUGCAAGUCAUCGGAGAAUUCAUACCGGAGAGAAACCUUACAAAUGUCAUGAAUGUGGCAAGGUGUUCAGUCAGAAUUCACACUUUGUACGCCAUCAGAGAAUUCAUACGGGAGAGAAACCUUACAAAUGUAAUGAAUGUGGGAAGGUGUUCAGCCAACAUUCAAACCUUGCAAGUCACUGGAGAAUUCAUACUGGAGAGAAACCAUACAAAUGUAAUGACUGUGGCAAGGUGUUCAGUAAGGAUUCAUACCUUGCAAGUCAUCGGAGAAUUCAUACUGGAGAGAAACCUUACAAAUGUAAUGAUUGUGGCAAGGUGUUCAGUCAACAUUCAAACCUUGCAAGUCAUCGGAGGAUUCACACUGGAGAGAAACCUUACAAAUGUAAUGAAUGUGGCAAGACGUUCAGUCAACAUUCACAUCUUGCAUGUCAUCGGAGAAUUCAUACUGGAGAGAAACCUUACAAGUGUCAUGAUUGUGGCAAGGUAUUCCGUCAACAUUCAUAUCUUGGAAGUCAUCGGAGAAUUCAUACUGGAGAGAAACCUUACAAAUGUAAUGAGUGUGGCAAGGUGUUUAAUCAACAUUCAUACCUUGCAAAGCAUCGGAGAAUUCAUACUGGAGAGCCUUCUAACAAAUGUAAUACAUGUGGUAAAGUGUUCAGUAAAAAUGCAAGCCUUGUACAACAUCUAUUAAUUCACACUGGAGAGAAACCUUAUAAAUGCAAUGAGUGUGGCAAAGCUUUUCCUUUACAUUCAAGGCUUACUAACCAUCAGUUAAUCCAUAGUGGAGAGAAACCUUACAAAUGUAAUGAAUGUGGCAAGGGUUUCAGUUACAAGUCAUCCCUAGCAAAUCACUGGAAAAUUCAUACUGGAGAAAAACCUCACAAGUGUAAUGAAUGUGGCAAAGCCUUUAGUCUGCAGUCAACACUUCUUAAGCAUCAGGUAAUCCAUACUGGAGAGAAACCUUACAAAUGUAAUGAAUGUGGCAAGGCCUUUAAUCAACGCUCACACCUUACUGUACAUCAAAUAAUCUGUAGUGGAGAGAAACGAUUUAAAUGUGAUAUAUGUGGGAAGAUCUUCAAUAAAAAAGCAGUUCUUGUAUGUCAUCUGAGAAUUCACACUGGAGAAAAACCUUACAAAUGUAAUGAAUGUGGCAAGUUCUUCAAACAUAAUUCACACCUUGCACAACAUCAGAGAAUUCAUUCUGGAGAGAAGCCUUACAAAUGUAAUGUAUGUGGCAAGUUCUUCAAACAUAAUUCACACCUUGCACAACAUCAGAGAAUUCAUUCUGGAGAGAAACCUUACAAAUGUAAUGAAUGUGGCAAAGGCUUUAGUUACAAGUCAUCCCUAGCAAAUCACUGGAGAAUUCAUACUGGAGAGAAACCUUACAAGUGUAAUGAAUGUGGCAAAGCUUUUAGUUUGCGAUCAACACUUAUUAAGCAUCAGGUAAUCCAUACUGGAGAGAAACCUUACAAAUGUAAUGAAUGUGGCAAGGUAUUCAGUCAACAUUCAAGCCUUGCAUGUCAUCGGAGAAUCCACACUGGAGAGAAACCUUACAAAUGUAAUGAAUGUGGCAAGAUGUUCAGUCAACAUUCACAUCUUGCAUGUCAUCGGAGAAUUCAUACUGGAGAGAAACCUUACAAAUGUCAUGAAUGUGGCAAGGUUUUCAGUCAACAUUUAUAUCUUGCAAAACAUCGGAGAAUUCAUACUGGUGAGAAACCUUACAAAUGUAAUGAAUGUGGCAAGGUAUUCAGUCAACAUUUAUACCUUGCAAAACAUCGGAGAAUUCAUACUGGUGAGAAACCUUACAAAUGUAAUGAAUGUGGCAAGGUAUUCAGUCAACAUUCAUAUCUUGCAAAGCAUCGAAGAAUUCAUACUGGAGAGAAUCCUAACAAAUAGAAACCUUACAAAUGUAAUGAGUGUGGCAAAGCCUUUUCUUUACAUUCAAGGCUUACUGACCAUCAGUUAAUCAAUAGUGGAGAGAAACCUUAUAAAUAUAAUCAGUGUGACAAGGGCUUCCAUUACAAAUCAUCUGUAGGAAAUCAUUGGGGAAUUCAUACUGGAAAGCAACCUUACAACUGUAGUGAAUGUUGCAAGGUGUUUCCUUGCAGUUCAAGCCUUGCACGACAUCUGUUAAUUCAUACUAGUGAGGAUCUUUACAAAUGUAAGGAGUGUGGCAAAAUCUGCAGUCAAAAAUCACACCUUGCAAACCAUCGGAGAAUUCAUACUGGAGAGAAACCUUACAAGUGUAAUGAAUGUGGCAAAGCCUUUAGUGUGCGAUCAACACUCACUAACCAUCAGGUAAUCCAUACUGGAAAAAAGCCUUACAAGUGUAAUGAGUGUGGCAAGGUCUUCAGUCGCAAUUCACACCUUGUACUUCAUCGGAGAAUUCAUACUGGAGAGAAACCUUACAAGUGUAAUGAGUGUGGUAAAGCCUUUAGAGUGUCUUCAAGCCUUACAAACCAUCGGAUAAUCCAUACUAGAGGAAAACCUUACCUGUGGAGUGAAUGUGGCAAGUUCUUCAAUCACAAUUUAGAACUUGAACAACAAUGGAGAAUUUAUACUGAAGAGAAACCUUACAAGUGUAAUGAGUGUGGCAAAGCCUUUAGUGUGAGAUCAACACUUACUAACCAUCAGGUGAUUCAUACUGGAGAGAAACCUUACAAGUGUAAUGAAUGUGGCAAGGUUUUCAGUCGCAAUUCAUACCUUGCACUUCAUUGGAGAAUUCAUACUGGGGAGAAACCUUACAAAUGUAAUCAGUGUGGCAAAGCAUUUAGUGUGCGUUCAAAUCUCACCAGACAUCACAUAAUCCAUACUGGUGACAAACCUUUCAAAUGUAAUGAAUGUGGCAAAUCAUUUUAUCAACGUUCACAUCUCAAUAGACACAAUAUAACCCAUACCGGAGAGAAACCUUACAAAUGUAAUAAAUGUGGCAAGUUCUUCAACUGGAAGGACUCUCUCACCAAACAUCAGAAAGCACACAUUAGGGAAAAAUGUUACAAAUGUAAUGAGUGUGGCAAGGCCUUUAAUCAGAGCUCCCACCUCACUAGACAUCAGACAAUUCAUACUGGAAAGAAACCAUAUAAAUGUGUUGUAUGUGGCAAGGUCUUCAGUCAAAAUUCAAACCUAGCAAGUCAUCGUAGAAUUCAUACUGGAGAGAAACCUUACAGAUGUGACGAUUGUGGCAAGGUCUUCAGUCAGAAUUCUCACCUUGAAAAUCAUCAGAGAAUUCAUACUGGAGAGAAGCCUUACAAAUGUAAUGAAUGUGGCAAAGCCUUUAGUGUGCGUUCAAGCCUAAUGAGUCAUCAGGUAAUCCAUACUGGAGAGAAACCUUAUAAAUGUAAUGAAUGUGGCAAGGCUUUUAUCCAAAGUUCAAAACUUGUAAUACAUCACAGAAUUCAUACUGGAGAGAAACCACACAAAUGUGAUGAAUGUGGUAAAGCGUUUAUCCAAAACUCUAGUCUGGUGGACCAUCAGAGAACUCACACAGGAGAGAAACCAUACAAAUGUAAUGAGUGUGGCAAAGCCUUUAUUGUGCGUUCAAGCCUGACUAACCAUCAAGUAAUCCAUACUGGAGAGAAACCUUAUAAAUGUAAUGAGUGUGGAAAGGCUUUUAUUAAGCGUUCACAACUUAAGCAUCAUGAGAGUAUUCAUACUGGAGAGAAGCCAUACAAAUGUAUUGAAUGUGGCAAGUCCUUUAGGCAGUGGUCUCACAUCAGGAUUCACCAAAGAAUUCAUGCUGGAGAGAAACCUUACAAAUGUGAAGAGUGUGGCAAGGCCUUUACGCAGGGCUCACACCUCAGUAAACAUAAGAUAAUCCAUACUGGAGAGAAGCCAUAUAAAUGUGAUAUAUGUGGCAAAGUCUUCAGCCAAAACUCACACCUUUCAAGUCAUCGGAGAAUUCAUACUGGAGAGAAGCCUUACAAAUGUAAUGAGUGUGGGAAAGCCUUUAGUGUGCGUUCAAGCCUAACUUACCACCAGGUAACCCAUACUGGAGAAAAACCUUACAAAUGUAAUGAGUGUGGCAAGGCCUUUAUCAAGCGAUCCCAUCUUAGACGUCAUGAUAGAAUUCAUACUGGAGAGAAGCCAUAUAAAUGUAUUGAAUGUGGCAGGUCCUUUAGGCAGUGGUCUGACAUCAGUAUUCACCAAAGAAUUCAUGCUGGAGAGAAACCUUACAAAUGUGGUGAGUGUGGCAAGGCCUUUACUCAGGGAUCACACCUCACCACACAUCAGAUAAUCCAUACUGGGGAGAAACCGUAUGAAUGUGAUGUGUGUGGUAAGGUCUUCAGUCAAAAUUCACACCUUGAAAGUCAUCGUAGAAUUCAUACUGGAGAGAAGCCUUAUAAAUGUGAUGUAUGUGGCAAGGUCUUUAGUCAAAAUUCACACCUGGUAAAUCAUCGGAGAAUUCAUACUGGAGAGAAACCAUACAAAUGUAGUGAAUGUGACAAAGCCUUUAGUGGGCUUUCAAGCCUGACUAAACAUCAGGUAAUCCAUACUGGUGAGAGACCUUACAAAUGUAAUGAAUGCGGUAAGGCUUUUAGCAGGUGUUCACAUCUUAGGCUUCAUGAGAAAAUUCAUACCGGAGAGAAGCCAUACAAAUGUAUUGAAUGUGGCAAGUUCUUUAGGCAAUGGUCUGACCUCAGGAUUCACCAAAGAAUUCAUUCUGGAGAGAAACCUUACAAAUGUCUUAAGUGUGGCAAAGCCUUUACAAGGGGCUCACACCUCACUAAUCAUCAGAUGGUUCAUGCUGGAGAACCUUACAAAUGUACUGAAUGUAGUAAAGCUUUUAAGCAUGGCUCAAAACUCAGGGUCCAACAAAUAACUCACACUUAUAAAUGCAAUGAAUACAGCAGAUGUUUGAAGUAGUGCUCACUGCUCAUUAGAUGUAAGAAUAUUCAUCCUGGAGAGAAACCACACAAAUGUAAUGUGUGUGGCAAGGAUUUUUCCUA